UCGCUUGGGGCGCAGAAGCCCAGGCUUGAACCCGCCCCACCCCCUCCCUUCCUGUCCAUCAUCUCCGGAGGCCCUAAUUGAGGACGGGCGGGUACGUCGUAGGCCCAGGAGGAGCCCACACUCCUGAGCUCUCACCCCUUCCGUGCCGGGGCCCAAGAGGGACAGAGAGAACCUGGCGUGAGAAAGGAGUCAAGCUGUGCCAUGAAAAAGCGGGGUGCCCUUCAGUCAGCCCCACCCAUCUCUGACCUCAGUUUCCCCACUUAUAAAAUGGAGCCACUGAGCUAACUGAUCUCCCAGAGUCCUGCUGGACCUGAUCUUCCGAGGGAGGUGGGCCCUGUGGGCGCAGGCGGAGGCCCGGGUCGGGGGGAGGGGUAGAGCCCGCUUGAUGGUCACACCCAGACCAAGCUGGGGACCCACCUAGGAGGGCUCAGGCCCUCAGGAGUGGGGGGAAAGGAGUCCCGUGGACAGACCUGGGAGGGCCGGGACAGGAAGGGCAGCACAGGAGGCCAGGAGCCUACUUCCCCGUGCCACAGGCAGGAGGCCAGGAGAGGCACGUGGGGGAGGGGAGGGAGAGGAAGUCCCCUCCUGGGCAGGUCACUCCCAGAGGCCGGGCUGGGGCGGGGCAGGAGAUGGAGAGCAGAUCUGAGCUCCUGGGCCACCUUCGCGCCGGCCACUGCCCAGCUGCCCGGAGCCCAGAGAGCCCAGCCAGGUAAGGGGCUUCGAGGGGUCCCAGGGACAAGCUGGCUUCUCCCGUCCAGCCCCUGCCCUCCCAUGGCCGCCUCUCCCGGACUCCCUCAGGGUGUGUGGGGGGAAGGGGUGUCUGUCCGGCUGCCUCAGAUCCUGCGGGCUGCCCGGGUGAGUCCUGGGAGGUGGGUCCUGGGAUGCGUUCGUCCAUCUGUCUUAGCCGGCUUGGUAUGGGGGGGAGCACAGUGGGCCCGGGAGUCUGUGGCUGACUCAGUGUGGCCAGACGUCACCAACCUGGAUCUGACUAGGGCUGUAGCCCCACGUCCCCACUGCUGGAACACGCGCACACACACGUACACAGGUACCCUGUCACCUGACCCUUCUCGGGGCCCCUGUCUAGACACAGAACGCAGCUGACCCCUCUGAUGGGAGGCUGAGCUCAAUACCAUGUUUCCUCCAGGCGAUAGAGACACCUGCCCUGGCCCCAUCAUGCCCACGGCGUCCACCGCCUCUGCUGUGCCCUGGACGCUCUCUGCCCCUGUUCCACCUGGCAACGGCAGCGAGGGGCUGCUGGACACGCGGAACCUGCUGCUCGCCCAGGCAGAGCUUGCCCUGCUCUCCACGGUCUUCGUGGCUGUGGCCCUGAGCAACGGCUUGGUGCUGGGGGUCCUAGCACGCCGGGGCCGGCGGGGUCGCUGGGCACCCAUGCAUGUCUUCAUCGGCCACUUGUGCCUGGCCGACCUGGCCGUGGCUCUGUUCCAAGUACUGCCCCAGCUGGUAUGGGAUGCCACGGACCGCUUCCGUGGGCCAGACGCCCUGUGCCGGGCCGUCAAGUACCUGCAGAUGGUGGGCAUGUAUGCCUCGUCCUACAUGAUCCUGGCCAUGACGCUGGACCGCCACCGUGCCAUCUGCCGCCCCAUGUUGGCCUACCGCCAUGGAGGUGGGACUCACUGGAACCGGCCGGUGCUGGUGGCCUGGGCCUUCUCGCUCAUUCUCAGCCUGCCCCAGCUUUUCAUCUUUGCCCAGCGUGACGUGGGUAACGGCAGCGGGGUCCAUGACUGCUGGGCCCACUUUGUGGAGCCCUGGGGCCUCCGAGCCUAUGUCACCUGGAUCGCUCUGAUGGUGUUCGUGGCCCCGGCCCUGGGCAUCGCUGCCUGCCAGGUGCUCAUCUUCCGGGAGAUCCAUGCGAGCCUGCUGCUGGGGCCAGCAGAGAGGGCUGGGGUUUGCCGGGGAGGGCACCGGACAGGCAGUCCCAGCGAGGGGGCCCGGGUGUCAGCAGCCAUGGCCAAGACCGUGCGGAUGACGCUGGUGAUUGUGAUCGUGUACGUGCUGUGCUGGGCGCCUUUCUUCCUCGUGCAGCUGUGGGCAGCGUGGGACCCGCAGGCGCCCGUGGAAGAGGCCCCCUUCGUGCUGCUGAUGUUGUUGGCCAGCCUGAACAGCUGCACCAACCCCUGGAUCUACGCCUUCUUCAGCAGCAGCGUCUCCUCGGAGCUGCGGAGCCUGCUCUGCGGGGCCCGGAGUAGGGCCCCACCCAGCCCAGGGCCCCAGGAGGAGUCCUGUGCCACUGCCAGCUCCUUCCUGGCCAAGGACACUUCCUCCUGAGAAGUCAGGGGGCGCCUUCCUUCUAGAGGCUCUGUGAAACCCCGCUGCCCACCUGAGGUUGGCCCUGGGAAUGCCAAGUGU